AUGCUCGGCCUCGCCCAGACCCUCAUCAUCGCCGUCGUUGCCGUGGCGGGCGCCGCUGCCGCUCCGGCCGACCUGAUCCCUUCAUACACGAUCCACCUCAUCGAUGACAACACUCCUGGCAAGCACCUGAUCCACGGCGAGUCCCUUCGCCGCGAGAUUGCGACCUGCCACGACGUCUCGAAGCAGACGCUCGACUUUGUCAGUGACCCGAAGAACGGAGUGUGCUCCGGCUACAGCGUCUCGACCAAGGGCGACAGCACCUGCCUGUUUGACACCGAGUCGCACAAGGGCGACCCGGAGACGUUCAAGCAGGUCUGCCAGGCCGACCUCGACGCCGCAUACACGACCUACACCUACGUCGACAUGACCCAGGUGCGCAUGUACGGACCCAAGAACCAGCUCCUCUUCACCUGCGACGACGCGCGCAAGGACGAGGUGUACCCCUACUUCCAGGCCAAUCUCGACCUCUGCAAGGACUGGAACCCGAGCAGCGACGGCUCUGUCGUUUGCAUCCACGACCCGAGCAAGAGCCUCGAGGACAAGCAGAAACUCAAGGAUGCCAAGAAGGCCUUCAUCAACGCCUGCAAGGCGGCCGAGGGACAGUUCACCUACCACCAGGACGCCUAG